AAGCAGAAAAAAAAAAAAAAAAAACAUUAAUGAUUGUAGUAUUCAAAUAGUUGAAGUCAGAAGCGCGUUUGUUUUGAAAAAUCCUUCAACGUCGCCUUAUACAAAACCAUCUCUUCUACGCCACCAAAACGCUCUCUCACUUCACCAUUUUUGCUUAUUAAAACUCCCUCGCCCACGCGCCUGAAACAUGGCUGAUACACAGCCGCCGCAGCCGAACACCGCCGCAGCAAACGACGCCGCUUCCGUUCCUUCAAAGGAGCGUCUCCGCACAAGAUGCUGCUACUGUCUCUGCAAAACCUUGUGGAUCUUUCUGGUACUCGUUAUCGUCCUCGUCAUGCUCGUGAUUUUGGUUUUAUACAUCAUCAUCACACCCCGCUCCUUCAGAUUCCACGUCACUGACGCUAGCCUCACGCAAUUCGAUUACGCUGCCAACUCCACCCUUCGCUACAACCUCGUACUCAACAUCACAGCAAGCAACCCUAACAAGAGGCUCAAGAUCUACUACGACGUCGUUCGGGCCAACGCGUUCUACGGCGGCGUUAGGUUUUCCACCACCGACGUCAACAUGCCCUGGAAUUCCUACCUUCAGGACAAGAAGGGCACCAACCUUUUCAGCGCGGUUUUCUCGGGACAACGUGUGGUGGUGUUGGAUAGGGACGAGGUUUCUGAGUUUGAUGAAGAUAACAAGAAUGGGGUGUUCCCUAUAGAUGUUAUGAUUGGUUUCACCAUUAGGUUCAGGCUUGAAGCUUUUCAGUUUGGGUAUUACUAUCCCAGAGGCAUGUGUAAACUCAAAGUUCCUUUGACUUCUAAGGGAGACAAGGUGGCUCCGUUUAAGGCCACCAAGUGCCGAAUUGAUUUCUGAAUCCAUCCACACGCACGUUUUGAUCUUGUUUUCUGAAUUCCAGGUUGUGAUAUUCCUUUAUUUUAUAGGUAGAUGACAUUGUAAGAGAAUGAUGAAAAAUUAUUGAAUUUAAGUGAGUUUGACAACAUAGUAUAAAAUCAAGUUGUUAAAGUCAAUCAUAAUGAAUUAGUAAUGUGUACCAACAAAGUAACAUGUAAU